AUUUUCAGCUGAAAUGGAGAGGAAAAGAGUUAACCGAGCCUUGGUAGCCGGCGGGGGAGGGUUCAUCGGGUCCCACAUGGCCAGUCGCCUCAAGUCGCUAGGGUACUGGGUGCGGAUAGCAGACAUCAAGUACAAUGAAUUUUACGACAGGGAUGCCAUCUGCGACGAGUUUCUUCGCAUCGACCUGAGAAGUUUGGACGCCUGCAUGCGCGCGUGUGAGUCUUGCGACAUAGUGUUCGACUUCGCAGCGGACAUGGGCGGAAUGGGGUUUAUUCAGAGCAAUCAGGCCGUCAUUUUGUACAACAACAUGAUGACGAGUUUCAACUUGUUGGAGGCGGCGCGUCGAUCUGGUGUCAAGACCUUUUUGUACACUAGUUCUGCAUGCGUUUAUCCUGAGUAUAAGCAGAAUUCUGAAGACAACGCGGGCUUGAAGGAGGAAGACGCGUGGCCGGCGGACCCUCAGGACAGCUACGGGCUCGAGAAGCUCGUGGUAGAGCAGCUUUGCAAACACUACACUGCCGACUUCGGGAUGGCGUGCAGAGUGGCUCGCCUGCACAACAUCUACGGGCCUAUGUGCACUUGGAAGGGUGGCAGGGAGAAGGCGCCGGCUGCGUUCUGUCGAAAGGCGGUCGCAUCGACCGAGUACUUUGAGAUGUGGGGAGACGGCAAGCAGACCCGCUCUUUUUGCUACAUUUCGGACUGCAUCGACGGCAUUUUGCGUCUGGUCGAAUCGGACGUGACGGAACCGAUCAACAUCGGGAGCACGGAAAUGGUGAGCAUGAACCAGCUGGCGGAGAUGUGCCUCAAGUUCGCGGGAAAGACGAUCCCGGUCCGACAUUUUCCCGGACCGGAGGGCGUUCGCGGCCGAAAUUCCGACAACACCAAGGUCAAAAAGCUGUUGAAUUGGGAGCCUCAGGUAAAUUUGGCGACCGGAAUGAAGAAGACGUUCGACUGGAUCAAGAAGGAAAUAGAAGCAGAUCCCAAAUCCAAGGACCUCAUGAAAGAAUACUCAACUUCGUCAGUGGUAAAGUUAUCUGCCGACUAUCUGAAUGAUUGUGUUCCGGCUAAGUAGGUGGAUGCAUUACCGCAUCGCUGUCGCUGGAUCGCGUACAUGUCGCACGUGUGUGUACAUUACAUAUAUAUUUUUUUUUUGCCUGAAAAAGAAGUUUUUAGGGACUUUCUUUUGUCAGAGUUCUCUGAGCCUGAGAGGCCGCAGACUAGGAGGUUGAUGCAGGGCUCGGCUCAUCUGAUUUGGCACCUGACCGUUUUUUUUUUAUUGAGCGGCCUGGGUGCGGAUGCAGACAAAGCGUCCCAAAUUUGUCAGAACUAUUUAGACUGUUUCACGUGUGUGCACUGUGCUGAGUGUGUGUGGUGUUCCGAGUACAAGCGAUGUCAGGCAUUAGAGAAAUGUCCUUCUGGCGGGAGCAGAGAUUGCUGCAGCACCUUCACGGACUGUCGCCCUUGUUUGGAGAGUAGGAUGUGCGGGUACUGCGCGGAUACAUCGACCUGCGCCAUUCGACAUGCGUUGAACACACCCAACUUUCGUUGCAAGAACUGGUACGAAGACACGUGUCCCGAAGAGACGGGUUCGAGCGCCUACGUGGUUGUCUACGGGACCAUCAUAUCUUUGGGAAGCGGGCUGGUGCUCGCAGCGGUGGUCAUGGCGAUGUUGGUGGGAAAGAGAUACAUUCAACAGAUGGCCGCGAGGAGAGCCAUUCAGAAGCAUUACAACAGAUUAUCAAAGCAUGUAUGCGAGUAUUGUCAAGACGGGCUGGCUAUUGUGACGUGUUUAGACUGCGACUUGAAGCUGUGCCAAUAUUGCAUUGGCGAGGAGGAACUUCAUCCCAAGGGUGUUAAGCACAUUUUCGAAGUGCUCAACACGGUCGCGAAGUUGUCGCACGGCGAGGAACAAGAACUUUCUCAGAGCUCGCACAUCUUGCACAAGACGUCUUAUGACUCCUACGUUUCAUUCGCAAGGCUCCUCACCAACCGACUGGAGAGCUAUUCGACUGUCGAAGCGACAAACUCUAAAGAUGACUCGGCGGAGCAACGUGAGGAUGCCAAGUGUUGACCUCGUUCGGAUUAUUUUCCCAAGAAUCUUUUGGUUUGACGAUUUGUAUGGCAAAUUUUCUUUUUUAGAAAGCGCUAUCAGU